UGAAAAGAAAGAAACAGGAGGAAAAAUGCACAGAGAAACUGGAAAGUCUCCUGGAGAAUUGAAGUUGAAAAUGGAAGAUUUGGCAAUUAGUCUACAAUUUCGAGUUCUACACGUAGAUUAUUCAGAUGUGGCAGUAGAGUAUACUUGUCUACCAGGGGUAUUGAGUCCUUUAUUAUCUGUCACUGUUUUGCAGCGUAAGCCACCCGUCCAAGGUUCGAACCUACAUUCAGUUCUUGAGUCACUCAAUUUGUCAAAUGUCAUUCCUCAAGAUCUCAGAGAGAAUAUGCUUCUGAUAAAUAACAAUGAUUGUCAAAAUUGUAAUUAUUAGAAAUUUAAAGAUGUUUCGUUAAUGGAUUUUGAAAUAAGUGAUGUAUGGAAUUUUUUUAACACUAAAUUUUUUUUAUGUAAUAAAUUUUGCAAUUAAUUUUUAUUUCACACUCAUGUAUUGAAAUUAUAAAUAAAAUUAAAGAUCUAUCAGGAGUCAAUUAGCUUCUACUAUGUUCAUUUUACUUGAAGUCAGUUCCUUGAAUAAUUCAAAUAAAAGUAUAUAGACGCUUC